AUGGCCGCCACCGGAGAAACCGCGCUCCAUGCCUGGGGCACCGCUCCGACCCCGAACGAUGCCUGGAGCGGCGUUUCUUCUGCCGCACCUGCUUAUCAGGCUGACACUGGCCCGGGUGAUUUCAACCGCAACAACGAGGAAGCCGAAAGGUAUGGUGGCUUCUCCCAGGAGCAUGGUACCCGGGCCAGCGAUGCGUUUGGAGAUGGUCCCGGACACCCGGGCAACGCUGAAGAUGUUGCCGUUGGCAAAUGCUUCAGUUGCGGUGAGAUCGGGGAAUGCCCCGACAAGCCGCCCAUGGUUUGUGACAACUGUGGCCAAGAAGGGCACACGAGAAACAAGUGCGAGAAUGCUCGCAAGAUAAACCGUGACCACGUUGCCGACGUCACUCCUGACGACGCCUGGGCCAAACUUGAGCGUGCUGUGGCUGAACGAGACAUGGAUGACGCCAAAGAAGCCGUUCAAGAGUACGUCAAGGCUCUAGACGGCGCCAUCACGUAUCGAGAACUCCAGGAGGCGAUGAUCGAUCAAGGCAUCAAGCUUUUUCUCAUCGCCACGGAGCGCUCUCUGGUCAGCGUCUUCACCAACAUGGACCUUCAGGGAAACAUGGGCAAGAGAUAUAGCAUCUCGUACCGCUUCUCGGAGAAACCUGAUCGGCCUCGCGAGGCCGAUUCUUUUCCCAAGAGCCGCGAGGAGCUGCUCGCUCGCCUUGGCGAGGCAGGCGAGAUUGUCAACGGCGGCCGCCCUCUGUGCCGCAACUGCGGUGAAUUGGGCCACGUGUCCAAGUUCUGUAGUCAGGAGAAGGUCGAAAAGCCCGAGAAGCCCAAGAUUGCAUGCAGCAACUGCGGCGAGGACGGGCACCGCAUCCGCGAAUGCCCGCAACCGCGAGUGGACAAGUUCGCCUGCAGAAAUUGCGGCAAAUCUGGUCACAGGGCCUCGGACUGUGAGGAGCCACCCAAUCUCGAAAACGUGGAAUGCCGAAGGUGCAAUGAGAAGGGCCAUUUCUCUCGAGACUGUCCCCAAGCCGGCCCUCGCGGCUGUCACAACUGUGGCCAAGAAGGCCACAUGUCCAAAGACUGCGAUCAGCCUCGCAACAUGGACAGGGUUACCUGUCGUAACUGCGAGAAGACAGGCCACGUGAGCAGAGACUGUCCGGAGCCUAAGGACUGGAGCAAGGUGCAGUGCUCCAACUGUCAGGAGUUUGGACACACCAAGGUCCGAUGCAAGCAGCCCACCGCUGACUCUGGGGAUAUCGACAACGGAUUCCCUCCAUCCGAUGCGGCGGGUGUUGACGCCGGCUCAGGCGCUGCCGACAGUUCUUGGCAUACAAACGGUGGCGCUGCUGGCCAAGGUGACGCGCCGUCUUUUGAUGAAGGAGGCUGGUGA